AUGAAAUUUUUAUCAAUAACUAAACAUAGUUCCAAAAAAAGAUUACAUGAAAGCCAAAUUCCUGAUGAAUACUCUCAAAGACCAACUAAGAGAUUAUCUCAAGGUUCAGAUCAGUUAAAACCUGAUAGUAAUAUAUUUACAACAAAUUCUAAUGAUUCUGUUAAGCAAUUUACACAUUCACCUCAUUCUUCCUCUAAAGGAUCCAAAAUAUCAAUUACAAAACAUAAAAAUGCCAAUCUGUCUUUAAAGACCAAUGUAUCUCAAACAUCAACUGUUAAUUUGGGACAAAAUAUAUUUCUUCCGACACCAAUUUCUACACCAACAAAAGCGAAUAUACUGUAUGAUGCUUGUGGAGAACAACAAGUUCAAUUCUAUUCAACUUCUUCACCGGACAAUAAUCUCGACACGAAGAAAAGAUUGGUGACUCGAUUUUCAAGUUUAAAUCUAAAUUCAUUGCAGAUUGCACCUCAUCCAAUUUUUGAAAUCCCAGAAAUUGUUGAUAAUAUCAUUUAUUUCUUAUCGAAGAAAAACAAUCAUUCAAAUAUGUCUGCAGGAGUAACUAAACAGCAAAUUAGGAAAGUUUCAGUAUCGUCUUUGUCACAACAUCAAAAUAAUAAUAACAUCACUAAAAGAAUUAUCUCUUCACCGCUACCAUUCGCAAGCUCAACUGUCUCUAUAGAGGGGAGUUUCAAAGACAAUCAUUUAUUCAACUGUCUAUUCAUCAAUAAACUUUGGUUUCAAAUGACAUUACCUUACCUAUUGAAAAAUAUACACUUCCAAAAUGAUUCUAACAUAAAGAAAUUCAUUAAUAUAUCGGGAAAAAUAUCAAACAUAACUUCAACGACAAUUGAAACAAUAAAGUUCCAUAAGAUCCAUAAAUUAAAACAAUCUGAAUUACAAAAAUUCCCUCAUAACUUACUGUCAUCAAAUAUAAAAUCAAUCGAAUUUUAUAUUUGUCCCAAUAUAAUCCCACCAACUUCAUGGUAUCCAAUUUUACAAAACUUGGAAAACUUAAUAAUCCCAGGUAACAAACGCUUAAACGACCAACAACUAGUAAAAUUAUCAAACCACAUUCCAAACUUAGAAACCCUUGAUUUAAGAGCUUGUGAAAACAUAUCCGAUAUAGGUGUUGUCUCCAUCGCAUUACGUUGUCCUAAAUUAAAACUAUGUAAUUUAGGAAGGCACAAAAACAAUCAUUUAAUAACAAACGUGUCAUUGCUUGGCUUGGGUAAGUAUACUAAUGUGGAAACUAUUGGAUUUGCUGGUUGUAAUAUUAAUGAUUCUGGGAUUUGGGAAUUUGCCAAAUUAAACGGUGCAAAUAUUAAACGGUUAUCUCUUAAUAAUUGUAAUCAAUUGACUGAUUAUUCUAUACCUAUCCUAGUUGGGUUUAAUUAUUUUCCUAAUUUAGCCGUUUUGGAAAUUAAAGGUUUGAGUUUGAUUAAUGAUGUUAGAUGGUUAGUUAAAUUCAAAUUAUGGAAAACUUCUUUACGGUCCCCGAUCUUAAUCGAAGGUGGAGAUAGGAUUAAUGACUUGAUGAAAGAAGAAGAAAAUAAAUUGAAAAAAUUGAACUCAUUCAUUGCCUUGCAAGAGUUGUCUACAUGGGUUAAUGCAGACGACGAUGAUGAUGCUAACGAUAAAUAA